CUCUCCUCUCCGCCGCAAAACCCUAACUCGGCAUCUUUAUGCUGUCGUCCGACGGUGGUCCCGUCACCGACUACGAUCGAUGCUCGUGCCCUGCCGUCCAAAAUGGCGAUUUCCACGGCGAAGCCUGUGUCCACGGAUCUGACGAGGAAACCUGUGCGCAUUGCGCGAUGGCCGAGCCUUCUUUUUGCUCUUCCUCUUCGUUUGGUUUUGAUUUGAUUCGCUUGACAUAUUCUGAGAAGCUGCGGAGAAUCGUCCUUGCUUCGGCUAAAGGAUUCUCCAUUGGAGCUGGCCUCAAAGGCGGCUUAGCUCUCUUCUCAAUUCUCGUGCGCUCGCGUCGAAGAAGAUCAUCUUCCGCCACUAGGAAAGUUGAGAUGUUUUCUAAUAGCGAAGCAAUUUCUCUGGCAAUUAAGGAGACUCUUAGAUAUGGACUCUUUCUCGGAACUUUUGCUGGUACAUUUUGUUCAUUGGAUGAGAUUAUUGGUUCUUUGGGAGGACAUCGUAGGACAGCAAGAUGGAGGGCGUUAGUUGCAGGAUUAGUUGCAGGACCUUCUAUGCUUCUUACUGGGCCAGAUACACAGCAUACUAGUUUGGCCAUAUACAUACUCAUGCGUGCUGCUGUUUUGGCAUCAAGGUGUGGGAUAAAAAGCAAGAGGUUUGGGAGGAUUUGUAAGCCUCUUACUUGGAAGCACGGUGACAUAUUCCUGAUGUGUCUCUCCUCUUCACAAAUUCUGUCUGCCUACAUAUUGAAGCAAGAGAGCUUGCCCCCUUCAUAUAAGUCCUUUCUCAAUAAACAUGGUGGAAAGGAUGCUGCCAUCCUGCAAGGUGUAAAAGAGAUUGCAACUGGCAUGGCAUUCACUAAUUUGGAGGCAGUAGAGAAAUAUUACAAGUCAACAGGAAUAGACAUUAAACUAGACCCAAAGAUGAAAGUUCCCUGUACGAUUAUCCAUGGGAAGCAGUCAUGUGGUACCCAUUUUGUUUCUUUUCUCAUUGAGGCAUAUAAGAGAGCAUUACCUGUAUACCUUCCAGUAUAUUUGGUUCCUGCACUAAUAGUUCAUCGUCAGGGCCUCUUGAAAAGGCCUUACAGAAUACUAGGAAAAGGUCUUCUUGGGACCGCCAGAUCAAGCCUAUUUCUUUCUGUCUAUUGUGCUUCAGCAUGGAUGUGGACGUGCCUGCUUUUUAGGAUUUUCAAAAAGUGCAAUAUACCAAUGGUAGCAAUGGGAACGUUCCCAACUGGUCUGGCCUUGGCUAUUGAAAAGAAGAGCAGACGGAUUGAAAUAUCACUCUACUGCCUCGCACGGGCCAUUGAGAGCUUCUUCACAUGCAUGGCUGAUGCGGGCUACUUACCACAGCCAGAGAAUCUGAAGAGAGCUGAUGUGGUGAUUUUUAGCAUAUCCACCGCUAUAAUAAUGCACUGCUAUGCCCAGGAGAGGGAUGUGUUUCGAUCCAAGUACUUAAAUGUUCUUGACUGGGUAUUCGGCGUGCCUCCUCCCCCGUAUGAAACCCCUCGCUGCAAAAACAGCUGUUGCAGGAGGAAUGAAGAUAGUGGAGAGGUUUCUAGUCAGCAGUUACUAGAAGCAUCAAGAUUGCAAAUAUGAAUUUUUGAGAAUAACGGGCUGAUAAGUAGCAGUAGAAUCCAACUCCUCCCCAGCUGAAGCAAUUUCGGUGAUCCAUAUUAUAAAUGUGUAGUAUUAUAUUUUGAUUGAACUUAUUACACGUUUAUAAACAAAACCGUCUGGUUCAGUGGUGUACCCAAAAGAGAAAAGAAAUUAUUCUAACAUGU